AUGCCUCCCCCACCAAAUCAAGUUCUCCCGCCACCACAAGGCUCCGUCUCUCAGUCAAUUGCCACCACUCUAUCAUCUGCUCUGCAACACUUCAUCAACUCAGAUAACCCUUCCCAUGGCCAAAAGAUCCAUACCCAUAUUCUCAAAUCUGGGUUCCGACCCAAUGUCAAUAUUUCCAUCAAACUCCUUAUCCUCCACCUCAAAUGCGGUUCAUUGGCUUAUGCACGCAAAGUGUUUGAUGAAUUGCCUGCACAAACUCUUUCCGCUUAUAAUUACUUGAUUGGUGGUUACCUCAAACGUGCGAAGACUCUUACGUUAAGAAUGGGAAGGUCCAGUAUGCGAGGACUGUUUGAUAUGACGUUGGAAAAGAAUGUGAUAUGUUCGACGUCCAUGAUUUCUGGAUACAUGAAUUGGGGCUCUGUGGAAGAUGCUGAAGAUAUAUUUAGGAAAACGGUUGAAAAAGAUGUGGUGGUAUUUAACGCAAUGAUUGAAGGUUACAGCAAAUUGGUUGAAUAUGCGAGGAUAUCACUUGAGGUUUAUAUUGACAUGCAACGGUUGAAUUUCCUACCUAAUCUCUCUACAUUUGCUAGUGUUAUUGGAGCUUGCUCAGUGUUGGCAUCGUUUGAAGUUGGCCAACAAUUCCAAAGUCAUCUUAUGAAGGCUGGAUUGUUUUUGGAUAUAAAGAUGGGCUGUGCUCUUAUUGACAUGUACUCAAAAUGCGGAAGAGUUGAGGAUGCUCGGAGAGUUUUUGACCACAUGCCUGAAAAAAAUGUGUUUUCAUGGACUUCAAUGAUCGAUGGUUAUGGGAAGAACGGAUAUCCUGACAAAGCACUUGAGCUCUUUCGUAUGAUGCAAAGAAAACACCAAAUUGAACCCAAUUUUGUAACAUUCCUCAGUGCUCUCUCAGCUUGCAGACACGCUGGGCUAGUAGACAAAGGCAUGGAGAUCUUUGAAAGCAUGGAUAGGGACUACUCCUUAAAACCAAGGAUGGAGCAUUAUGCUUGCAUGGUUGAUCUCUUGGGACGUGCAGGAAGUUUGUGUCAAGCGUGGGAGUUUGCAAUGGAGAUGCCUGAGAAGCCCAACUCCGAUGUUUGGGCUGCUCUUCUUAGUUCAAGCACACUACAUGGUGAUGUUGAUAUGGCAAAUAUGAUGAAUUCCGGUGAGUUAGUUGGUUCCCGGAUGGUGUAUUUCUGGAGGCAGACAGGAAUAAAGAAACAGAGAGCAAAAAUCAGAGGAAUGUGA